AUGGAUCUCUGGAAGCCGGCGAUGUGGGCCGCCAAGGCCUCACUCGAACGAGGGCUGCGCAUCCACGUCGCCUUGCCGGAGCUGUGGCAGGAGGUCUGCGACCAAGAGUGGGGGUAUGCCUACCACCUCGAGAGAUGGUUCCGCCAACUGCUCCUGGAGCACCUACCCGGGACGCUGACGCCGGACCCCGACUUGGCGGACUUCGUGUACGUGCCCCACUGCGCCAUGAACCUGUAUCUCUCGUGGAAGCAGGCAGCCGUCCAGUCUUCGGCCAGGCACGGCGUUUGGUUGCCCGUGCACGGAGAUGGUCAUCUGCAUGGUGCGGUGCAGGAGGACGUCGAUCGCUACUUGGCGCUCUACGUCGCCCGCGCAGCACUUCAGAACCCAUCAGUCCGCAACUGCCAGGCGAGAUACCCUGCCUGCCAGCUGCUGUUUGUGAACAUGUUUGGGCGAGAUGAGCUGAAGCGCUUUCACGCGAUAGUUCCUCACGCCGUCUUCGUCACCACCGCCGGCGGCCGACGCCUGGGCCGCCCGCAGCGGCGGCGCGCCUGCGCCUGUGCGGCCCACUGCCGCAGCGCCGUGUCGCUGGGUCCACUUGACAUCGUCGUGCCUUGGAACAUCGCCCACAACUCCACCAGCAAGCAGGUGCGUUUUGGCUUUCGACGCCCUCUCCUGGCAUUCUUUGCUGGCGCGAACACAUCGUGCAGCCGGGCUGUGCUCGUGAGGAGAUGGGGGAACCGCCGCGCCCGAGAAGAACAUGGGAUGUUGGUCGGGGAGAAGGCCUACGGAGACGCGGCCUUUGCCGCGGCCGCGCGUCGUGCGAAGUUCUGCAAGAUCAUCUAA